CCGACCUGCAUCCGGAAAACGUUCACAGUCUGCAUCUCAGUCCUCUGGGCCGUCUGCAAUUUCCCUGCUGAACACCUAUCAUCCCAUCGGAUAAUGGCAUCCCUAUCUGAGAAAGCCCCUCAAUCUGUCUAUGACUUCACUGUUAAGGAUGCUAAGGGAAAUGAUGUGGAUCUCAGCAUCUAUGAGGGAAAAGUUCUGCUAAUUGUCAAUGUUGCUUCUAAAUGUGGGUUUACCAACUCAAAUUAUACAGAACUGAAUGAACUGUAUCAGAAGUAUAAGGAUCAAGGACUGGAGAUUCUGGGAUUUCCCUGCAAUCAGUUUGGUCAGCAAGAACCAGGAAGUAAUGAUGAGAUCGUAGAUUUUGUCUGCACCCGUUUCAAGUCAGAAUUCCCCAUCUUUGACAAAAUUGAAGUGAACGGCGAAAAUUCUGCUCCAAUUUAUAAGUUUCUGAAGAAAGGAAAGUGGGGGCUAAUAGGAGAUAACAUUCAGUGGAACUUUGCAAAAUUCCUGGUUGAUAAGAAUGGACAGGCAGUUGAUCGCUACUACCCUACGACUUCUCCUCUUACCAUUGAGCGAGAUAUAAAGAAGCUCUUGGGAGUUUCUUAGAUGCCACAAGAUAUGGGGUCUUCGUGAUGUUAGUUAGUCUGGAAUUCUGAUCGGAUCUUGCGUUUGGCACAUUUUGUUCUCCUAUCUACAGGCUAACAUGAUUGAAGAUGACAUCAUGAAGUAAACUUCAUGUGAUUUAUUUGUUUUCUGUACUUUUUGCUGUGACUAUUUUAAUAAGAUCAUGAUCUGAAACCCAGGAUUCUAUAUUUUCUGCUGUUAUGAGAUUAUCAUCUUGCUUCGUCAAA